UGGCUAUCCGCAGCUAUCGUUACAGUCAUGAACCUACUCCGAAGACCAACUAAUCACAAUAUCGCUCGAAGAGGUUCACUCAAUCAAGACGCGCAGAGUGCACCAAUCCACGACGCUGAGAAAACAACUACACAGAACCAUGAUCAAGAGGCAGCUCUCAAAAGUCUUCUUCAAGCUAUCAAUGAGAAAAGGUUGCGGUUACGCAGUCUGAAGCAUGAGAAAAAUAUCGCUGCCAACCAUGCCAGGAACAUGGGUGAACUGCUGACGGGUGUCGUUCAAGCCCAGGAGGCGUGCGAUGCCUUGAGACAACAGCUGACGAUACACCACCGUGAUGCUUCUACCUACAAGCGUCUGGCCGAAGCAGAGGCCUCAUCUUUAGAUUCCUUACGCUCGGAGCAUGAGGCCCUGACAAACAAGCUCCAGGAGCUUGCCACCAAGCGCGAGCUAUUUGCCUUUUGGUCUGCCGCCUUGACCAAGCGUACAGCCCGGCUCUCAUCGUCCCCCUCCUCAUCAAAACCCACAGCGAAAAUCAGGGCCAAUUUUCGGGAGCAUAUCCUCAUCGCGCUGCUCUCGGAGCUCAACACUCUGCUCGCGCAGGUCCUUACCGUGCUGUACGAUGACACACGCCACGCGCACCGGGCAACAGGUAUGCUCGGCUCGUUAUUUGGCUCUGCUGAGUCGGCCGACAGCGCAUCCUCUCCGGGGUCCAUUCUUGACCCUCCCAUCCAUCCUCUCUCGCCUACGCCAAGCGCUCCAGUGGCGAGCGUAAACGCGUCGAUCUGGCACUCUUCUUUGCAUUGUUGCAGUUGGCCAGGGCUAGAAGUGCGCAUCGGGCACACUAUCUGCUUGUUGAUGAAGUCUUUGAUAACCUAG